UGAAAAUUUUCAUUAAGUAAUGCAAUAAAACUUAUAUAAAAUAAAAAUGGUUCGAGGACGAGAUAGAACGCCGGAACGAAGUAAACGACGACGAUCUAGGAGUAAAGAUCGUAGUCAUAGCAUAGAACGGACCAGAGAUAGAAGCCGUGAACGAAAUAAACAAAGUCGUCAUAGACGUAGUCGAUCUCGUGAAAGAGAACGCGAUAGUCGACGGGAUCGUGAACGAAGAUCACAUAGUCGUGAAAGAAGAACUAGAGGCGAUAGUAAAGAAAAACGUACGGCAGGAAGUAGUAGUAAUAACAGUUCAAAACGUAGAAGAUCUCGAGACAGAUCGAGGGAAAGAGAUAGAUCUCGAUCACCUCGUCAUGAGAAAAAAGUUGAAGAAAGUCAACAUGGCGAAGAGAUAUUUGAUCCUGGUUUAUUGGAUAAGGAGGAGGAACAGAAACGAUUGGAGUUAGAAAUGCAGAAACGUCGUGAAAGAAUUGAAAGAUGGAGAGCUGAACGUAAGAAGAAAGAGCAGGAAGUAACGAGGCGUGAAGCACGUCAAGGUACAUUAGUGGCUGGAUUAACCAUUCCUACUGGAACGGUGAAAAAAUGGUCUUUAGAAGAUGACGAUGAUGAGGAAGACGAAGAAAUUAAUAAAGAAGGUGAAGGCAAAGCAGAAGAAGAAGUAGACCCACUUGAUGCUUUCAUGCAAGAGGUCCAUGCAGAAGUUCGUAAAGUGAAUAAAUUAGAUCAAAGAAAAGAAGGUACAAUUGGUGAAGGUGGCCUUAAACCAGCAAAUGUUGUAAUUAUGACUGGUGUUGCGAAAAAAACAGUAAGUAAAAAUAAAGGUGAACUAAUUGAACAGAAUCAAGAUGGCUUAGAGUAUUCAUCUGAAGAAGAACAAGAAGAUGUGAAAGACACCGCAGCCAAUAUGGCAAACAAACAAAAGAAAGAAUUGGCAAAAGUCGAUCAUUCUGAAAUGGAGUAUAUGACAUUCAGAAAGAAUUUCUACGUAGAAGUACCUGAAAUUGCAAAAAUGACACCUGAAGAAGUUGAAGCAUAUCGUGAAGAAUUAGAAAGUAUACGAGUGCGUGGGAAAGGAUGUCCAAAGCCAAUUCGAACGUGGGCUCAAUGUGGUGUGUCGAAAAAACAAUUAGAAAUAUUGAAAAAGUUAAAUUAUGAGAAACCUACUCCAAUUCAAGCACAAGCUAUCCCUGCUAUCAUGUCGGGACGUGAUUUGAUUGGAAUAGCAAAAACUGGUAGUGGGAAAACUUUAGCAUUUAUAUUACCUAUGUUCAGACAUAUUUUAGAUCAACCUCCGUUAGAAGAGAACGACGGUCCCAUAGCAAUUAUUAUGACACCAACUAGAGAAUUAUGUAUGCAAAUUGGUAAAGACAUUAAAAAAUUUUCCAAAAGCUUAAAUUUACAAGUUGUUUGUGUGUACGGUGGAACGGGAAUUUCUGAGCAAAUUGCUGAAUUAAAACGACGUGCAGAAAUUAUAGUAUGUACACCCGGACGUAUGAUUGAUAUGUUAGCGGCGAAUAAUGGAAAAGUUACAAAUUUACGUCGAGUCACAUAUAUUGUGCUAGAUGAGGCUGAUCGAAUGUUUGACAUGGGUUUUGAGCCACAAGUUAUGCGAAUUAUUGAUAAUAUUCGACCUGAUCGACAGACUGUAAUGUUCAGUGCGACAUUCCCUCGACAAAUGGAAGCAUUAGCACGUCGAAUUUUACAAAAACCAAUAGAAAUUCAAGUUGGAGGAAGAUCAGUUGUGUGCAAGGAUGUCGAACAACACGUAGUAAUUCUUGAAGAAGAUCAAAAAUUCUUAAAAUUAUUAGAAUUACUAGGUAUUUAUCAAGAACAAGGAAGUAUUAUUGUAUUCGUUGAUAAACAGGAGAAUGCUGAUAUACUUCUAAAAGAUUUAAUGAAAGCUUCAUAUGCUUGUAUGAGUCUUCAUGGAGGUAUCGAUCAAUUUGAUCGUGAUUCAACAAUUAUUGAUUUUAAAUCGGGUAAAGUGAAAUUAUUAAUCGCUACGUCCGUCGCAGCUAGAGGUUUAGAUGUAAAACAAUUAAUUUUGGUUGUAAAUUACGAUUGUCCGAAUCAUUAUGAAGAUUAUGUCCAUCGUUGUGGAAGAACUGGACGAGCGGGUAAUAAAGGAUUCGCUUACACUUUUAUCACACAAGAACAAGAACGAUAUUCUGGAGAUAUAGUUCGUGCUUUUGAACUAGCAUCAGUUCCGGUACCAGAAGCUUUACGAACGAUGUGGGAAACUUACAAAGCAAAACAAGAGGCUGAGGGUAAAAAAGUACAUAAAGGUGGUGGAUUUAGUGGUAAAGGUUUUAAAUUUGAUGAAACUGAAGCGGCUGCUGUUAACGAAAAGAAGAAGUUUCAGAAAGCUGCAUUGGGUCUACAAGAUUCUGACGAUGAAGAUGUUGAGAAUGAUAUUGAUCAACAAAUUGAAAGUAUGUUUGCAACGAAACGUAUUGUUAAGGAAAUUAAAGCGCCGAUUGGUCUUAUUAAUAACCCAGCAUUAGCAAGUAUUGGACAAAAUUCGGCUGUUGAUAAAUUAGAAUUGGCGAAAAAAUUAGCAUCGAAAAUUAAUUUAGCAAAGAAUUUAGGUGCUGAGGCUAAAGGUGCUACACAACAAGCUGCCGAGGCUAUACUUAAAGGAGGUGGUUCACAACCUUUGAUUACGGCUAAAACAGUUGCCGAACAAUUAGCGGCUAAAUUAAAUACUCGUCUUAAUUAUCAACCACGUGAAGAUGAUGAUCGUGGUACAGGCACUGACACUUCUGAACAAACAUUCCACAAAUAUGAAGAAGAACUUGAAAUUAAUGAUUUCCCACAACAAGCCAGAUGGCGAGUUACAUCAAAGGAAGCAUUGGAUCAAAUAUCCGAAUAUUCAGAAGCUGGUAUUACAGUACGUGGUACUUAUGUAUUACCUGGUAAAACGGCACCGGAAGGUGAACGUAAAUUGUACCUUGCAAUUGAGAGUACAAAUGAAUUGGCUGUAUCAAAAGCAAAAGCAGAAAUUACUCGACUUAUUAAAGAAGAAUUACUUAAAUUACAAACUUCAGGACAUCAUGCAUUCAAUAAGGCUCGAUAUAAAGUUGUAUGAAUUUUUUUCAAUCAAUAUCAAUUUUUUAUCGAUUUUAAAGAUAAUAUUUUGACAUCAUCAAUCGUCGUACGAAGUUUAAUUUUUAAUUUAUAUUCAUUGUCAUUAGAUUAAUUUGUAUUGAUUGCCCUUUUAAUUUUAAACGCAUACAAAAAUCUCAACGAUUUAUUGCUCCC